GGGCAGGCUGGGAAGAUGGAGAACUUCUCGGCCCUGUUCGGCGGCGCCGACCAGCCGCCGCCCGCCGCCGCCGCCGCCCUGGGCUUCGGGCCCGCCAAAGCGGCCGGGGCCGGGGCCGCGCCGCCGCCCGCCGCCUCCGCCGCCGCCGCCGCCGCCCCCCCGGCGCCCGGCGAGGGCAAGGCCGCCGCCGCCGGCCCCUUCUACCUGCUGCGGGAGCUGCCAGGCAGCACGGAGCUGACGGGCAGCACCAACCUGAUCACGCACUACAACCUGGAGCACGCCUACAACAAGUUCUGCGGCAAGAAGGUGAAGGAGAAGCUCAGCAACUUCCUGCCCGACCUGCCCGGCAUGAUCGACCUGCCCGGCUCCCACGACAACAGCAGCCUGCGCUCCCUCAUCGAGAAGCCCCCCAUCUGCGGCAGCUCCUUCACCCCGCUCACCGGCACCAUGCUCACCGGCUUCCGCCUGCACGCCGGCCCCCUGCCCGAGCAGUGCCGGCUGAUGCACAUCCAGCCGCCCAAGAAGAAGAACAAGCACAAGCACAAGCAGAGCCGCACCCAGGACCCCGUCCCCCCCGAAACCCCCUCGGACUCUGACCACAAGAAGAAAAAGAAGAAAAAAGAGGAGGAUCCUGAACGGAAAAGGAAGAAGAAAGAGAAGAAGAAAAAGAAGAACCGGCACAGCCCCGAGCACCCGGGGGUGGGCAGCUCCCAGGCCAGCAGCAGCAGCAGCCUGCGGUGAGGCCGCGUUGGUGCCGCCCCAGGGGGCUCUCGGGUGCCACCGACGGUCCCGGCCGACCCGCGACGGACUCGUCCCUCCUGCGGAGCGCAGCGGGGAGACCUGGGCAGGCGCAUCCCCACCGCGGGCAGCGAGGACGAGCCCCGCAGCCCGCGGAGGGCCGGGACCAGGGGAACGCGUGGACUGUGCUGGAGCUGGGGUCGGGAUGGCUGCCCUCAGCCCCUCGUACCGAAACAACCCGCUGCACUGAGGGCGCUCUUUUUUUUUUUUUUUUUUUUACUCACCUUUUAAUUAAAGUCUCUGCUCUAAGGAGGGGCUGGUGGCAGUGGCUGCUCUAACUGUCGGCUGGCAGACUUACCCGCAGGGGGAGCGCUGCCCCAAGGCGCCCCAGGAGCUGUUUCCUACAGGCUGGCUCCGGCCCGGGACUGAAGGCGCUGCAAAGCCUGGCAGCACCGGGCUCGGCACCCCGCCCCGGCCCCCGGCCCCCUUUUCCUUCCCUCCCCUGAGGAGGGAGGGAGAGCUGAGACACGGAGGGACACCAGGAGCCCUUCUCGGGAGCCUCUGUCCCCGGACACUAAAAUAAAGCACACGCAUGCCUGCUGGGAUGGCUCAUUAAA